UGUAGAAUUGAGUGAUCGAAUAAUGAAUAUAAGUGAAAACCUCGGUGCCGGUUCCCAUGUAUUGUGACAGAGGAAAGUGCAUUUGGCGGAGAGGCUGAACGUUCCGGAAUCUCAGGAGUGGUUCUCCCAGUUUACGCUGGCGUGAUCAUGUUCUCGGUAGUGGCACAACAUGACUCCUUGAGCUCGAGAAGUUGGAAAAGUAAAAUUAACAAGUUCAUUGAGACCGUGCCGGGCAAGAUGAAGAACCUCAGUGAGCCCGUCACGCUCAUACAGGCGCACAUGCGAGCGUAUAUCGCCCGUAAGAGGUAUAAACAGCUCAGGAAAGCAGCAAUCCGAAUUCAAUGCUCGUGGAAGAGGUUGCAGGCUCAGAGGGAGCUCGAAAAAAGAAAACACGCCGCCGACGUCAUUCGAAUAUUCAUUCGGGGAUUCAUCUACAGGCGCCAGCCAGAGAGCGACGUUAAUCGAAUGUUCCUCCAGUGUCUACGGGUGAGAUUUCUCUGCGACUUGGCAAAAGCCCUGCCAAGGUCAGUGUUGGACAAGAACUGGCCGAUCGCCCCAUCGGCUUGUAAGGAAGCCUCAGAAAUCCUGAGAGGCUUGCACCGUCGGAUUCUGGUGCGUUCCUAUUUUCGAUCACUGAGUCCCGAAGCCCUCUCUCAACUCCGGUGGAAGCUCGAGGCCUCUGAACUCUUCAAGGGGAAGAAGUUGAGCUAUGCGAAGAGUCUGGAAAGAGCUUUUUGCGCGGAAAAUAUACGCGAAAGUUCGAUCAAACAGAAGGCAUCAUUCGAGAAAGCUAAUUUCAAGAAUGAUGAGUAUUUCGUGUACUGUACUGAUGUUGUCAAAUACGAUCGCCACGGGUACAAACAGAGACAACGAGUCGUUGUGCUGUCGAACCAGAGAAUUUACCUCGUCGACGAGAGAUUCAAACUCAAAUUCUCUGCAGCGUUCAGAACCAUGACCGGCGUCAAUGUAAGCUCGAUGAACGAUGGUGUUGUGAUUCUGAGAAUUCCGAUGUCGCCCCAGAACAAGAGCAAGGAGGGCGAUCUGAUUCUGGAUUUCGGGGACUCCCUCAUAGAAUUCGUCUCCCAACUCACCCUCAUCUCUCGGAAUCGGAAACUCCUUCACCGAUCUCUGAACUCAAUGGUGCAUCAUCAUAUCGGCGAAGGCAAAGUUGGAACGAUUCGUUUCCAACGUGGAGUCGAGUACGAUGUCACUCGCAGCAAAAGUGGACAAUCCCUGAUUGUGUCCAGCUGAAAGAGAGAUCACUCCUGCCCCUGCCCUCCGAGCCGCCGGACCGAUGAACCACUUCCGCCAUCUGUGGUGGGAAUCCUGAAGCAGAACCUGAUAAAUAUUAGAUGAGGCACGGGAGGAGCCUCAACUGGUCGUUUAUUCAAUCACGAUACUGCGACGAAUCAGUAACGAUAUUUAUUCAACAAGUAUUCGAUAUUCAUUACACGAAUCGAUGACUAGACUAUACGAUGUAUCCCUUACGGGUUCUGUAGGUACUUUCUCCAAGCUGUCUACCAAGUUUCCAUCGAUGGAAGAACUCUGGGCGGUUGUAAUUUUGGUCGAGUUGAGUCUGUGACUAGAUUGGAUCACACGGAUAAAUGUGAGAAUAAACCGGCGAACAUUCGUAAAU